CCACCUCUACUGCAGCUCACCGCGUUCCUACCAACAGUCGUCGGUUGCAGAAUGGCUCAGAUCGCGCUGCCACGACAGCAAGCUGCUCAGACAUCACAGUCUGCUGCAGUCGGCUCACCGCUCUACCAGCGCCGUCAUCAGUCCAAUACUGGUCCCAUAGAACUAUUACCGAAUCCCGACUUCACCUUUCCUAUGCGAGCCGACCGAACCUCCUCUGAGCCUGCCACCUCGAACCCCCGCCCGACAACCAUGCAACAGACUUAUCCUGCUGCCCGUCGAGGCUCCACGCCUGGUGGAAUGAGAUUGAAGUCUGGCAACGCUUUACCCGAUUUCUCCUUCAACCCUGCUGCUGCCACGCAAUCGGCGCCGUUGGCAGCGAGUCCUCCACAAUCUCCCUUUUCCACGUCUACCCCAUCACCCUCGAGGCCAAUUGGUGGACAUCGACGGGGUGGUAGUGAAUUCAUUGGAGGAGAUGGCAGAGCAGGGGCUACAAACCUCCUCAGCACCAGCCCUACAAAGGUUGAAGGCACUCUGCCUCCUCCGAGCACCCUACGUCCUGGCCCGCCUGCUGGGCGUCGUGGCCAUGCUCACCGUCGGUCGGGUGCCGUCUCGUCUCACGACCUCACUACGAUCAUGAACCCACCAACUGGUCCUCAGGUUGGCAGCGCUCCUGUCACUCCUCUCGAAGGCCCCAAGUUUGUUUUCGGUCACUCCGUAAACAAAUCCAUGUCGCAACCGUCAUUGAGAGGAACAGCACUCCAGGAAGAUGUCGAAAGUAUGCCUAGGCCGCCAUCCAGGGCCCGUGUAGGUUUCUCUGACAAGGUGGAGUACAUUCGCCCCCUUUCCACCAUCUCCUCUGAAACGGAAACAUCACUGUCGACUAUUCGUGGCCACUCUGCGACAAACAGCUUGUCUUCUGUUCUUAGCGCUGGCAUAGCAAGCCCAGGUCGGGCUGUUCACCAGCCACUUAGUCCCUCCAGGGAACAGGACUCACGCCCAAGCACAGCUGGAGCCAUUCUGGAUCUGGGGAAAAGCGCUUAUCUGGACCCUGAACUGGCAAAUCGCAAGCGACCAUCUUCAGCAAUCUCGCUCACUCCUGUUGCGAGUCCGACGUCCGCUUCUACUCCAGCGAAACGCCGGGGUUUCUUUCGUCUGGAAUCUCGCCGCAGUGACAAUUCGGUCCCUACACUUUCCUCGAGCGCAUCUGACCCUGCACUUACGGUGCCCAUUGAUUCGCCACUUCCAUCGCCAUCAGGCAUCAGCAGUGAAUUCGCGCCCGAGUCUAGCAAGACUAAGAGUCGCAAGUCUGGUCGCACACCACGGAAAGUGAAAUCCUGGGCAAACUCAAUCAUUCCAAAGAAAUCCAAGCAUGGCAAAAAGAGCAAAGGGAGAGCCUCGAGCCCUCCCCUCGAAUCCCCUGUGGAUGUAGAAGAGACCGAUACAUCCGAGGACCUCGAUUUUGACGCCAUCUUUGAUGUGGACAACACCGUGACCAUUGUAUCGCCCACCGAAGAUUCUUUCCCAGAAUCAGAGCCUCAAGCUGAUUACGCAUCUUGGAGACCUCGCGAAUUAAAACGCGUGGACUCUGAUGUCAAGAGCCCAGUAAUUGACUUGGACGCGGCAUUGGGUCCAUUCAAUACUCCCCAGGGCCCGAGUGUGCGUUCCACACAUCGAGGUUUUGGUGCUCAUCGCAGAGCCAUGCAUAGCGCAGGAGGGAUACUCCAGAGCCACCGUCGCACUGAGAGCGCACCUGAGCUUGUUCCAUUUGAUUUGCGAAAUUCAGCUGGUCCGACAGCCUCGACAAUGGCGGAUGUAUUCGAGGAAGAGGAGGAGACAGAGGAGCAGGCAUCUAACAAUGCUGCAAAGGCCAGCCAAGAGGAGCAGGAAGAGGUUGAAGAGCCUAAGAUCCUGGUCGUGGAGGCUGACGAUCUUCAGGACGGUUCAAUGAUUUGGAACUUCAACGAUGGUCUGGGCAUCAAGCGAGAGGAAUCCCGAGUGUACGAAUCAGGCAAGGCCGACUCAUCCUCGGUCGAUGCAUCCGGUCCUGCUAACGAUAACCCGUCAUCUGCAAUUGAUGUCGUGGAAGUCGUGGAAGACUAUGAAGAGCCUCGUACAUCAUCGCUAACCCAGUCAUCUGACUCAACGAUUACUUCACCUGCAGCCACAGAGGAAACGAAAGAGCGACAGUCCAUGCUGAACCUUUCUAUACCUUUGCCUCAACAAACUCUCAUGACCCCUGACACUUUUACUUCCUCCUUCUCAUCCCCGGAUUACAGGUCAAGUCAAGCUUCGUUUGACACUCCUCGUCUGGGCACUGCAGCUUCAUCCAUGACAGAUUAUGCGGUCAUGCCAUCGCCACGUUUCGGCGACCAUAACUUGGAAGUUCGCAAUUCAGUGGACGAUGUUCCGUCAUUGACCUCAUCCCGGUCUACUAUGACGAGCGCGAUGCAGAAUUCAUUCCCUCUGACUAGCCCACACCGUCCUGGCGACCGAUCGGCAUCUCUAUGCUCUGCUCCAAGCGAUACCGACUCUCGUAGCCGAAAGCGCUCUAGCAUUGCGAGCCUCUCCAGACUUAUCAACAAUUCGUCCUUUGGAGAGAGGAGUAAGCUUUCGCAUGAGCUUCGACCGCAGUCUGAAUAUGGGGAACCAACCCAUAAAGACAGCAAGAAGAAGCAUAAGCGUUUGAGCAAAUUGAUGCAAUUCUGGAAACCCAAGGACUCAUCACGUACUUGA